AUGGCGGCUGCUUCCACACUCUCACUCGCUCUCACGCCCACCUCUUCAGAUCCAUCGCUUCCCUCUUCCCGCCACAGAUCACGACUCUUCCUUUCCCCUCUUACUCACAAUCCCCAUUUCCUCUCAUCGCAGAGGUCCCGAUUUCGUCUCAGCCCUAAAUCAUCCUGCACCUCCGCCUCCUCGCAGUCUCCUCCCUCCGUUUCCGAUGAACCCACUAGCAGCAGCGCCUCCGCUGCGUAUUCGAGCCUAGAGGACUGGUUGAAGACAGGGAAUUACAAUUUCCUCAGCAAUGAAGAGCUUCUCAAGCUCCAGAGCCUUCAGGACUUCCGGUAUCGUCGGGAACUGGGAAUCGGGUCUCUUUGCAUUCGGGUGAUGAGGCCGGACGAGACCGAUGUCACUGUCAAGUUGCUCUCCGAGUCCUUUGUGGAGUCCAUGAAGCUGCCAGAUUGGUACUUGCCUUUGGUGAGCUACUUGGUGAAACAGUACUUGUUUGAGAGGCGAGCCGCUAUUCCCCAUGCCGUUACACUUCUAGGGUUCGUUAAAUGGAAAGAUGGCGGCGGAGGCGGGGAGGAGGAGGAAGAUGAAGGGGAGUUAGCUGGGACCGUGGAAAUUUGUUUCAAUAAGAGAGGGGCAAAUGAUUCUCCUCCCACGCCAACACCGCCGAAGGAUUCUCCCUAUAUCUGCAAUAUGACUGUGAACAAGCCACUUCGUAGGAGGGGAAUCGGUUGGAAUCUUUUGAAAGCAAGUGAGGAGUUAAUUUCCCAGAUGAGCUGUGUAAGGGAGGUGUAUUUGCAUUGCAGGAUGGUUGAUUCUGCUCCCUUUAACAUGUAUACAAGAGCAGGGUAUAAUGUUGUUAAGACAGAUAGCAUAUUGGUAUUGCUGCUGUUGCAAAGUCGUAAACAUUUGAUGUUAAAGAAGCUUCCAGUACCGACAAACGAUUUAGAACUUGAAAUGUCAGGCUCUGACCCAGAACAUGUGCAAGUGGGAGCAUAAGUUGCAGCAUAUAUUUCAGAGCGUGAUGCCAAGUUAGCAAACAUGGCUACAGAUUCCAGCGAGUAGGAACUCCUUGGCAUAUCUGGAUCAAUCACUCUUCUCAGCUUCUUCCGAUUGUUCAGUAUGUGCCUAACCUAAAUGACAAAAGAUCAUCCAUUUAAUCAAAUAGUGAGUCUCCAGAACUUAUGCUCUUCAGAAGAAAGAUGAAAUUUUGAAUUUUCUCACCUGCAGAACAAGGUUCUGGUCAGUUGGUCCUUGGUUUAGGUCCACAGCUCGACGUCCUGUCAAUAAUUCAAGAAGAACCACUCCAAAUGCAUAGACAUCACUUUGUAGAGUGAGCUUUCCGGUCUGCAGAAAAGGAGCAAAGUGAAACCCUUGUUUCUUUCUUUCUAGCUAGUUGAAUUGCGGAGAACAAGAACAAGUAUCUGAGAGCUGGUCAUUUCGGUUUGUGGGUGGUGGUCCUACUGCAGCUACUGUGAGUUUGAUAUUCCAGUUUUAGUUCUCAGCUUUGUGUUACUCUAGCUUAUUACUCCAAAGGGAGUUUUGAACCACCUACCGACGUAUACUCUGGAUCAAAAUAGCCAAAUGUGCCAAGAACCAUAGCAGUGGCGUAUAUCUCCUGGCCCUCUGGCAUCAACUUAGCCAAACCGAAAUCAGAAAUCUGCAAGGAAUUGCCAUAAGAAGUUCAGUGGAACCAUUCUCAUUUCAGGUCUUUUCCCCUUCAGAACAUGUGAGAACGAGUAAAUAUUAUUCACCUUGGCUUCAAAGUUGUCACCGAGAAGAACAUUGGUGGAUUUGAAGUCUCUGUGAACAAUCGGUAUACCAACGGCAGACGGUGAAUGGAGAUAAGCAAGUCCUCUUGCAGCACCAAUUGCCACUUUUAGUCUUUGUGUCCAGUCCAUCUUUGCUUCCCCUAUUCCUGCAAUGAAAAUUGCAGAUAACUUAGAAACAACAACCUGAACGGUUUGAAGUAAUGGUGCAGAACUUUAUAACGAUGAAUAUGGAAGUUACCAUUCAAGUGAUCUUGCAGAUUGCCAUUUGACAGAUACUCGUACACAAGAAACCUCUGCUUCCUAUCAGCACAAUACCCUAUCAAGGAAACCAGAUUCGGAUGGUCUAGUCUGCUCAAGAUAUCAACUUCGACACGAAACUCUCUUUCCCCUUCAGCUUCUUUAAACGAAGACUUUUUACCUCUCGAGAUCGUAGAGUUCCUCUGUACACUCUGCCAAACCCUCCUUUCCCAAGAAAGUUCCCCUCACUAAACGAGCAAGUAGCAUCCUCCAUUUCCUUAACCCUCUGUUUUUGUAGGAUGGAAAAGCGAGGGAGGGAAAAGAUUUGGGAGAAAGUUGCAUUUCCAAUGUGUUUUCCGCCGUUUGCGAAAGACAACAACAGUAGUGAGAGAGGGAAAUAGCAAGGAAAAUGUACUGUUUGGA